ACAGGAGCGGGCAGCAGCAGGGUGGGCACCAGUCAGGAGAAGGAUGAGCCAGCCUGUGCCUGCAGACCGGGAGGAGCAGGAUUCAUGAGAAGAGGAGGAUAACACUCAUCAGACACUGCGCCAAGUCCUGGGCAAGGAGUACCAAGAGCUGCGGACCAUGGCUGCUACAGGUUCUGCAGAAAUGGAGGUUCCGAUCCAAGAGGACGGGGAGAGAAGUGAAGCCACGGCAGAAAUGAGCCACGUAGCUGACACUCCUGACCAUGUCCAGCCCAAGAACACCUCAGAGGAACCUAAAGGAAUAGAGAACACAGGUUUUGUGGGGGACCCCCCACCUUAUUCCCCCCCAGACCCAAAGAUUGCUCAUCUCCUGUAUCCCAGCUACCCAGCGAACUUCUCGGGGAACACGCCCGUCUACUACCAGUCCGCGCCCGCCAUGUCCAGUGUGUACAGUCAGCAGAACCUGGCGCCGGGGUCGUAUCCCUAUAUCAUAAACGACAGCGCCCUGGGGAUGCCGCCUUCACAGCCGGAGGCGAGGACCAAGGACUACAUGGUGGAGUCGGUGCUGGUCACGUUCUUCUGCUGCUUCCUGACGGGGAUCAUCGCUGUGGUCUACUCGCAUGAGACCCGAUCGGCACUGAGCAGAGGCGACCUCCUGCAGGCCCAGGAGUCCUCCCGCAAGGCGCGCUCCCUCAUCCUCUUCAGCCUGCUCUUUGGCGUCUUCAUCUCAGCCAGCUGGAUCAUAUACGUGGUGGUGACCAUAUUCUUAUGACGGGGAACGAAGCUCUGGGAACUGUAAAAAGUAAACUCAAUAUCGCAUCUCGCCCUGAAGGACAGGGGCGAGGGGGCUCCGGCCGCAGGGCCUUGUGUAUAUGUACAGGGGACACAAAUACAAUGGACCUUUUUUAAAUUAAUUAGCAUUUUUUCUUUUUGGUCUCCACUUGAUCGUUCAGAGGGCGACGUUCUUUCUAAUGCACCUUUCUUUGAUUUACUCCUCCACUUGCUGUCAGUGACUAGAACUAAUUCUUAAUUACACCCAGAGCAUGAAAAUCCUAUACCAGGGGUAGGCAACCUCCGGCACUCCAGCUGUUGU